AUGGAUUGUUCUAGCCAGCUUGUUGGCCAUGGUAGCACACCACUCGACAUGAGUACUUGUGCAAGGAUUGAUGUUGAAUUACAGUCUCCUAGAGCCAUGCAUGUGUUGUGUGGUCUGUUGAAAGGGAAACGACAUUGUGAAGGCAAGCAGCUUACAGAUACCACAUCCGCCAACAUGAGUAGAACCAGCACAAAACCUAGAAACCAAGAAGAUGAUGAAGAAUUCACGCAGCACCAACGCAUAAACUGCUUUUAUGUACUAGAGACCGGGGACCCAUCAAGAAAUGUCAUUGAGAUGAUCUUCAGAGCGGCAACAACAACAACAGACAUCUCAAGAUGUAUAAUAAACAUAAAACAAGUCCUUAAGUUGAAUCAUUCAAGGGAAACUCUAGAAACCUUUGAAAGUUUCAGAGAGGGUGUCAAGAACAGAGCUCACAAGCAUUAUGACAAGCAACCAAGAAACAUGGUUGAUGGUAACGAGAAGUUACUGUUCUACGGCGCAAAGAGCACAUAUUGCAAGCAAUUUGGAAGCUCCAAGCUCUGUAGAGCCUCGGAUUGCAGAAUUUGUAGCAUAAUUAAAUCAGGUUUUUACACCGCAGAGUGGACAACUGGAAUAUGGUUGAACACAAGUUGUCAAGAUAUAAUCAAUGCCAAUACAAGUGCGAAGAUGAUGAAUGUGAAGAUGGCCAUCAUAGUUUGUCGAGUAAUUGCUGGACGAGUUAUUGAUAUGCUUGAUAGGGACGGGGAAGGUGACUAUGAUUCUGUGAGAGGAAUAAAAUCAAACUACUUGUUUGUAAGAAACCCAAGUGCUGUACUACCUUGCUUUGUUAUCAUCUUAAACUGCACAAAAUUAUGCUAACAAUCUAUCGAGAACUUCCUAUCUUGAUAAACAAACGGUAGCUAGUUGAUGGAAAGUUUUGUAAUUAAGUGAUGUAAUUGCAAAUAAGUG